UUUACGACAUCGGCGGCAACAAUAAACGACGUGAAGGACGGACGCAAUACGUGAUGGAUUAACAGCACAAAAUGCCCAGAAAACGACUAUUUUAGGUGACCAACUAUGGCCACUGUUAAUACACUGGUGCUACUGUGUCUUCUGGUGACUCAAGGAGGCACAGAAACCACGGAAAACCAAGUCGUCUUCCUCACUCCCACAGUCAACACCACAUUUCCCUCCUCUCCUGCACACACAGAGAUAGAUGGCGCCAGUGAUGACAGCACCACUGACUCUGACACCACUGUCACCACCACCAGCACCACAUUUUCCAUAGACCCACCACCCAAGGAAGUGACCAUGUUUUCUAAUAGCACCACCAGUGGCACCACUGCAACCACCUCCGACAGCACUGUCACAAAGGCACCACCCAAAGUAGACACCAGUGGUGCCGAGGCACCGCCAAAAGACACCACCACCACUGAGAGCACCACUGAGAGUGCAGCACCACCUUUAAUAGUGCAGAACCUCCCUGCUGUAUAUGAGAUCGUCUUCCCAGAGCAAAUUCGACACAAGAAAAGAAUUGGAAUAUCUACAAGAGAUGACAAAGGACGUAGAUUUAAGGAACACUACCAGUAUGUGGUCUAUACAGUCAGUCUUGGAGGACACAGACACAAACUACAACUCCAGCUGAACCAGAAACUGCUGUCUCCUAAGAUUCAACACAAACAUUUCCUAGAGGGUAACACUCAGGUGAUCUCAAAGACUGUUGCUGCUGAGGACGUGGAGCACUGUUACUACCAUGGUCAUGUGAAGAAGACUUGGAGCAGUUCAGUGGCUGUCAGUACUUGUAAUGGGAUCAGAGGAGUGAUUCAUCUUGAAAACGCGACCUAUGUCAUUGCUCCAUUAGAUGAUGCCAGCAAGGAGGAGCCCCGGGCACAUGUGGUGUUUCAAACACUGGGACCAGUGGAGACAUCUUGUGGGAAUGACAUCGCUCAAUGGCAGUCGUACACUCAGCUUCACAGGAGAGAAUUCUUACACCGCAUGAAGACUGUGAAAGCCAAGCGCGUGCAGAGGAACAUCAGAUCAGAGACGAAGUACAUCGAGUUGGGCAUGGUACUGGACCAUAGCAUGUCCCGUCAAACCAACUUGUCUCAGGAGCAGUCCUUGCAGUAUGCGCUGGAGAUAGGCAACAUCAUGGACCUGUACUACAAGCCAAUGAACAUCCGUGUGGCCUUGACCUACAUAGAGGUCUGGAACCAAGGCAACCAGAUAUCUGUGUCAAGUAAUGUCCGCCAGACGCUGCAGGAGUUCAUGGUGUACCGCGAACAGCACAUGAAGUCUGCACAAAUAGACGUCGCUCAACUGAUAACUAUGGAGAAGUUUGAGCAUGGUAUGGCAGGUAUGGCGGUACCAGACUCUGUGUGUACAGCCAGGGCUGUCGGAGUCAAUCAUAACCCUGACUUUGAGCAGCAACACCAGGUGGCGAGCACAGUGGCUCACAUGAUAGGACACAACCUAGGUCUCAGCCAUGAUGAUAACUCACGCCAGUGUUCAUGUGGCUUAACGUCAGGGUGCAUCAUGGGACAGAAUAUUGUUGACUCCCGUGGCCACCAUCCCAGUGACUUCUCGCAGUGCAGCGAGGAGGACCUGGACACUGCGCUGCAGACUGGACUAGGCUGGUGUCUUUUUGAGAGCCCCAAGGAGCCGGCGUUUCCUCAGUACUGUGGGAACAGCUUUGUGGAGAGAGGAGAAGAAUGUGACUGCGGGCCCCCAGAGCUUUGUGCUAAUACCGACCCUUGCUGUGACGCUACCACAUGUCUCCUGAAACCUUGGGCAAGAUGUAAAUCUGGACCCUGCUGUCAUAAUUGUACUGUGCGCACAUCAGUGUUCAAGUGCAGAGAAGCUUCCAAUGAAUGUGAUGUUCCUGAGUUCUGUGAUGGUAUCCAUGGAGAGUGUCCGUCCAAUGCCUAUGUCCAAGAUGGUCAGCCGUGUAGUGCAGGGAAUGGCUACUGCUUCCACGGACGAUGUCCAUCCAAGGACCAGCAGUGUCAGAACCUGUGGGGGGAAGGUUCAUCCUCGUCUGCUUACAAGUGUUACGAGGUGUACAACCCUACUGGAGGGAUGAACGGACACUGCGGCAGAGACGCCAGCACUGGGGAAUUCUGGGAGUGUGACCAACAGAAUGUCCAGUGUGGGCUACUCCACUGCCAGGGAGGUCAGAACUGGCCGCUGAAAGGGGACACCAACCUCAUAGAAAUCUCCAGGACGAUUUACGGCACCAGUGGGCAGGAGUAUGAGUGCAAGACAGCCAAUGGUGCCCCGAGUGCUGACGUGACAGACAUGGGACUGGUAGAGGAGGGAACCAAGUGUGCCCACAACAGACUGUGUGUAAACCGUGUGUGUGUACACAUAGAUACCAUCAUCAGGAAGAAACCCUGCCCCAAGGGAUUGGACAACAGGACCUGCUCGGGACAUGGGGUUUGCACCACAAAGCAGACAUGUCACUGCGACACUGGCUGGUCAGGAACCAACUGCAGCGCGCCUCUCCGUGACCCAGACAAGCCCACCACCCCACCAAUCAGAGACGGCGAUGAGGUCAUAGUUCAUUUCCCGCCUGAUGAGAUAAACACUGCGGAAUUGUUUACUACCACUGUCAAUGGUAGUGCUGUGCUGGCACCUCAAGUGGCAGACUCUGGUGACACAGUGAGACUGGUGAUCAUUCUUGUAGCAGUGACGGGAUGUGUGGUAGUAGUACUGGUACUGGCCAUGUUGUGUUACAGACGGAAGAGCCCAGCCUCUGUGACAACCAAGUGGUUUGGAAAGAAGAAGACACUGAGCAGCAAACACAGCGAGUCCAGUGCUGAGGAGGGUAUUGUGAGGAUUAUAAAGUUUGGAAAUAUGCCCUCAUAUAGGCAAGACAAAUUAGACGAAAGAAAAAAGAGGCGAAAGAAGUCACCCCUGGGUAUCGGCAGCGGCAGCGAGUCGGAAACCCCUCACAUCAGCGCAGACGACCAAACAGACAUCAAAAUCGUCCACAAUAAUUUAUCAAAGACCCCGGAGAGGGGGAUUCUCAAAAACGGUCCAAGGAGCUCGGAGAGUUUACAGAACAUAGGGCACAGGGACGACAGUGGGCGUGGCAGCCGGGAGAGCCGUAAGCCCGAGCUGAGUCCCAGCGACAACGAGGUUUACAUCAUGAGCGAUGACAGUCGGGGGUCUGGUAAAAGAUUGACGUAUUCGCACAGCAAGGAUAAUUUUGAUGUGACGAAGUUACGGGGGUCACCUGUCCCGCCUCACACCCUGUUUGUAGAUAGUAACGGGGACCCUAUAUCUAUUGAUAUGUUAGAGGAAGAGACGCCCUCCAUGUCAAGUAAAGAAAACUUAGCACAAACUUUAAUGUCUCAAAUUCCUAAAUCAGGGAGCAAAAACUCUUACAGAGAAGUGAAAUCUGAUCCAAAUUCUCCUUACUCGCCACAAGACAGACAGCCGCGUUUAGGUGAGGAGAAUUUAUAUGAUAAUCAGAUGUCACCAGUGAAAUCUGGAAGCGAAGAGGGCCUUUCCUCGAAAUUGUCGUCGUCUCCGAAAAGGUCGCCUCAGAGACAAGUGAAAAGUAAAAGUCGAAGUAGGGAGAAUCUUCCCGACCGCCAACAGGUCGACCAGUCUCCUUGCAGAGAAGAGCAAGAUGGCGGCAGCGGAGAAAGUGGAGACUCUCUAGGAAAACAGCAGCGGUUUGGUUCCACGUCCAGGUCUCGUAUUAUCAAACUACGCAACUUGGAGGACUUGAUAAAACAGAUAGACCAACAAGAGUCCAACAACCUCUCUCCUGCAAAUUCGGAAGACUUUCGCUGCAGCGAGCCCGAGGCGGACCGCCAUUUUCGUAAAGGACAGUUCAGUCUGCAGGAGACGGAACCCGUGGUCGGUAAUGGCGGCACUGAUCUGGAUGGUUUUGAUGUGAAAAAACAAAGAGACAGCAUCGAUUCUGUGUCUUCCCCAGCCAGUCCUCAAUAUUAUCACAUCGAUUCUUCUCCGAACGGCUCCCCAAAUAGACUAAGCCAAAAGAGGCGCUCUUUUGGAUCCGGCGGAGCUUUUCGAGAAAUCUCUCCUCAGCAAGUUUUCCGUCCUCUAUCGAGUGAAGACUCGCAACUUCCUCACAGCGUCUCUCCCGACAACCACUUUCGUCCCGUUUCACCGCCGAAAACUCCCGUGAGGCGGGUGUCGCCGGAAUACGGCUACCCCGCGCACAAACAAAAUCAGUUUCGCCCCAUUGCCCCCGCCCGAAUAUCUUACGAGACGUCAGAUCAGGCGCCGGUUUCUCCGUCAAAAAGGAGGCACUCGACUGGUCGCAUGAAAAGUAGACAGAAGUAUGUGUGACGAGAGUUCCUGUGCGUAAAUCUGGACGUCGAAAUUAAAAACUGCCACUUAAAUAUCACAUUUCUGUCAUAAUAAGAUGCUUAAUUUUUCUCAAAGUUAUUAUUCUCGACAGUUUAUGUCAAAAGUGUAGUAUUUUUGUACGUGGCAAUAGUGCUGUUCUAAAAGCCCGCAAGCACACCGUCAUUUGAGGUGUAAAUGUGCAAAAAUAUCACAUAUUUCAGGUGCUCUUGCAAUUGAGAGAAAAACACCUGAUUUAAGGACGUUCAGUAAAGUUUACUUACAUCAACAAAAUUCAUCUAACUUUCUACAUCAGAGACGCCAAUUGCAGAGUUAGGUUUCCUCAACAUGCCCCGUUUGUGUAAUGUUAAUGAACUACACAAAAACUUGUAGAAUGCCACUCUGGUUUGAUCUUGGUUGCAGUGACAGUGUGAUGAUGCGGCUUCCAUUUGGUGCUUUAUGUUGAUAUCUUGCUUCAUACACUCAUAUUUAAAGUGAUGUCACUGAACUCUGACAACUCUAAGAUUGUGAUUUUAGUUGUCCAGAGCUCUACGAUGGCGAAUCAUGCUUUCAAAUUAUGUUGUCUUUAAACAUAAGAGAGAGUGACAGACGCAAAAAAAUAUCACUGUAUAAUUAUUAUGCUUUGCUAAAUUUAAUUUCUCCGCCAUCUUGGACAUUUUCAAAGAAAGUGUCGUUUACAAAUGGCGUCUUCGAGAUUGGUCUGUGCACCUUGUGUUUUUCAACAGUGUUUAUCGUUUAGUAGUGGAGCAAAGUGUAGAUUAUAUUUUUCAUAUCAUCACAACUUGAUGGUUCAUGUAGAGCAUUAUUUGUAAGAUAAAUCUAGUUUGAUGAUUGUGUUUGUAUUUAGAGGUCUUUUUUUACCAGAAUAAUGCAUUUCUUUCUUAUCUCUUAAAGCAGCGGAAGCUACGGACUCGCUGUUACAGUGUACAAAUAUAUUAUCUGUCUGUUUGUGUAUUUUAAUUAUCAUAUAUUUAAGUUUUUAUGAUGGAGCGAGAUAGAAAGAGAAGAACGAGAAGUGUCAUUAUUAGAUAUUUACACGAAAAAUUAUUUUAGGUUACAAACAAUUUUAUUAUUUAAAAAGUAUAUUUUAAAUUAUAUUUCUUUGAGGAUAAAUUGAUCUUGUAGUAGAAUAAUCUUUUUUAACGUGAUCAGAUAGAAAUUCAAUCGAACAUUCGUGAAGUGAAUUAUGUUUGUGUGACGUAGUUAGAAUUGACCAAAUAUGGUCUAUUUGUUUAAUACCAUAAUUGGUCAUUGGUAAAUUUAUUGUUUUUUAAAAGGUAUUGUUGGUGUUUUCCAUGUGCGUUUUUUAUGUGUGAGGAAGUGCCAUCGAAUUCAGCACAGUACUGAGUAGUUCAAAUAUUUGUGAAAAAUUCACAAUAUAUUACAAGGCUGCUGUGUUGAUAUUAAAAUUUAGACAAGCACAAAUAUAAUAAGAUUAAUUUUAAAAAAAGUUAUGUAACAGAAUAUAAAUUUAACUUUCAAAUGUUAGACAUUGAUUUGUUGAUCUCUGUAUUGCUGCUCAAUAGUGUUUUGUUAUGCAAAGUGGCCUUUCUACUCUACACGGUGCUGACAUGCUGCAGAUCCUCCGCUUUGAGGGGCUUGCCUUGAUAAUGUGUAUGUGACGUCAUGAUCCGGGGACUUGAACGUUACGUCUGCAGUCGGGAUACGAACCCUUAAGGUAUUAUAUUAUGAUAUAUUGUCCAGGCCAGGUUUGGUAGUACUUUAUGUAACAACCUUAUUUUUCUGAAGGUUGGCAUGGAUGAUAUGGCAUUCU